AUGUCCACCUCCAUCAAUCCGCCUUCACUACUUGCCGAUGUCGCAGGAACUUCUGCUGCUCCUGCCCCUGCUCCAGCUCUGCUACUCGCCGAUGUUGCAGGAACUUCUGCUGCUCCUGCUCCUGCUCCAGCUCCAGCCGCCGUUGAAGCUCCUGCAGCCGCUCCUGCUGCUCCUGUAGCUGCUGCAGCUCUCGCCGCCGCCGCUGCUUUUGCUGCUCAUACUGCUCAUACUGCUCAUGCUGCUCCCGCAGCCACAUCUCCAGCAGCUGCUGCUGCUCCUGCGGUUGCCGCCGCUGCUCUUGCAGCCGAUGCUGCUCUAUGUUGCCUUCAACCUAAAAAGAUAUUAAAACCCAAACAAAAAUAUUCUGUCUCAAAUCCUAAUUAG